CAUUUCCCAAGGCCCCCGCUCCACCCCCCCAUGGCCCUCCAGCGCCCUGGCCAUGCGGCGCUUGCGCCGCGCAACGGUCCCAGCACUGCUGGUGACGACGCUGACGACGUUGACGACGCUGGUGCCGGGACCGGCGCCGGUGCUGGGGAAGCUGACGCCUGUAACUGAUGCAGACGUCGAUUGCCUAGCCCAACGACAUUUGUUUUUGAAGGAAAAUCGCAGCUGGGAUCUGAAAGAUCGAACCAUUGGUGCGGGACAGCGAUGUCGCCACGGCUGGCCGCAGGUGUUGGUCAUGGAUCCCAUCUGGCCGGGCCAUCGCCUGGGAGAUGUGGUGCGCCUCACGUGUCCCCUGCUGGUCUCGGCCAUCGAUCGCUAUGAGAAACAGGGUGCCCUACGAGGCUACAAUUCCCGGGUCGCCAAAGACCCCGCCUGGCGCUCCCAGCUCUACGCGUCGCACGUGGCGCAACGCGAUCUGCGACAGGAGCUGCUUUCAAAGGCUCCGGAAGAGGAGAUGGCCAAGGUCCGCAAAACCAUGGGCAACGCCACAGUAGAGUUGGUGAUGGACACCGGGAUUGCCAACAUGCGCUUCGACGCCAACUGCAGUGAUGUGAAGUGCCUCCAUGCGCACGUGGGCGAUGAGCUUUCCCGUGGUGGAAAUGCCAUUGGUCGCCAGGUGUUGGAGGAUCUGGUCACAGCUGGUGUGGAGAUUGAAGGUACUGAUCAGUGCUGCGAUCAUUGCAAUGUAAAGAUGCCUCUAUCAGAGGCUCGAUGGACCCUACAACUCGCCAAGAACAAGUUGGGCCAACGCCUGCGCCGCGCGCGCCGGCGCGAGGGUGUGCUGGACCCGCCUGGUGGACCUGUCAAUCAGCGGCUGCCAGUGAACCAGCGGAUGCCGCCCAAGAACUCCUACUUCACCUCCAGGUGAAGGUUGGAACAGAGCUGCGAAAAACUUCCGCGAUGUAUGUUGGGACAAUCAAAGAUGGCUGGAAACUCCUUGAGACCAGAGGGUUGACACCAAGCGUUUCCGUGGAUUUCACGUUGAGAUGACCAGAGGGUAUCACCUCCAACUCGAGUGGCGGACGGAGCAUCGCCCCCAUCGCUGGAGGCAAUGAGCCAAAGGGCGGAAAGAGCAAGGCCAAAAUUGCGAGGUGAAAAGAGGGAGAUUUU